AUGUUCCUCAGCAUGAUCAACCUCAUCGCCACCCUCCUCACUCUGCUCAUGGCUGUGGCCGCCGCGCCGUUGACAUCAGACCACGGCAUCCCACGCCGCAUCCUCCAAACCUCCCACAACACGACCGCUGUCCCCUCAAUCAACCAGAAGACCUACGACCUCCUCUGCUACAACGCCUGCCGCGCAGUCCCGCACGCAGUCGCCACCUCCGCCAUGGACCGAUUCUGCUCCGCUGAGGUCCUCUUCUCAGUCGACCAGUCCACCUCCGGCGGCGUCGGAAGUUUCGUCGGAGAUGUCUGGAUGCAAGUCACCUCUCGCCCGGUCCCUGGAUGCCCGCUGAACACCAACCUCGACGCCGCCUCUUGUCGGGAUGGAUUCGUGAAGACGAUCGAGGGAUGCGAUGUCGGGUCUGAUCAGAAGCGCGGAGGGUUCUGGAUUGGGGACUUCCAAGCGAUAGUCAAAGUGCCGAACGCAUUCCAAUUCAACACAGUCGGUCCGAUACAGUGA